CGCUCCAUCAUUGGUGUCAGUGGGGGGAGGAAUAGCGCCCCAUCGUUGGUGUCAGUGGGGGGAGAAAUAGCGCCCCAUCGUUGGUAUCAUAGGGGUCAGCAAGUUACGUGUCAUUGGUGUCAGUGGGAGGAAUAGUGCCCCAUCAUUGGUGUCA